AUGUUUGCUCCUUACCAAGGAUCUGGGAAAACAACAACAAGAAGAAUGAGUGCUUCUAUGGUGAACACUCCACAGGAUAUGAUAACCUUCAAGGAUGUGGCUUUGGACUUCUCACUGGAAGAAUGGGAAUGUCUCAAUUUUUCUCAGAGGACAUUAUACAUGGAUGUGAUGUUGGAGAAUUAUGACAAUCUGGUGUUUGUUGAAAAUUACCACACAUGUGGAAAACAUGGGAAGAUAUUGGAUGAAGACAUACAGCAUGUUGUCCAUGAGCAUGGGCAUAUCCAAGAGGAGUCUUCUAAAUGUAAUGAGAUAAGCAAUAUGAUUCUUGAAUCCUCCCAAUGUACACCUUAUAAAACUAACCACAGAGAUGCCACUCUUCAACCAUUAAACCUAAAAAGACAUAAAAGUUGGAACACUAAAGAAGUUUUCUCAUACAAAGACUGUAUAGACUGUUUAAAGGUGUGUUCUAUCAUGAGUCUCAAUCAAGGAAUCCAUGUAGAGAAGAAAGAACACAACCGACAUAAAAAAAAUGACAAGGUUUUGGUCUCUAAACAUAACCUCAUGGUGAUACAAAGCAGUAGUGAAAUGAAUACUUACAAUUGUGGUAAGUUUGACAAUUGCUUUACACAGACAGAUGAUCUACAAAGUCAGCAGAGAAUUUAUCCAGGAAAGAAAUCUUACAAAUAUAGUGAAAGUGAUAAAUGCUUUAUGCAACAAUUCUCUCUUGGUAUCCAUCAGAGAAUUCAUACAGGAGAGAAACUUUAUAAAUGUAGUGAAUGUGACAAAUGUUUUAAAUACAAAUCCAAUCUUAGUGUGCAUCAGAGAAUUCAUACAGGGGAGAAACCUUACAAAUGUAGUGAAUGUGACAAAUGCUUUGCCCGACAAUCCCAUCUUAGUAUUCAUCAGAGAAUUCAUACAGGAGAGAAACCUUACAGAUGUAGUGAAUGUGACAAAUGCUUUACUGACAAUGGCAGUCUGAGGAUUCAUCAGAGAAUUCAUACAGGCGAGAAACCUUACAAAUGUAGUGAAUGUGACAAAUGCUUUGCCCAAAAAUCCUGUCUUAGUAAUCAUCAGAGAAUCCAUACAGGAGAGAAACCUUACAGAUGUAAUGAAUGUGACAAAUGCUUUACUGACAAUGGCAGUCUGAGGAUUCAUCAGAGAAUUCAUACAGGUUAUAAACCUUACAAAUGUAGUGAAUGUGACAAAUGCUUUGCCCGACAAUCCCAUCUUAGUAUUCAUCAGAGAAUUCAUACAGGAGAGAAACCUUACAAAUGUAGUGAAUGUGACAAAUGCUUUGCCCGACAAUCCCAUCUUAGUAUUCAUCAGAGAAUUCGUACAGGAGAGAAACUUUAAAA